CAAUACAUACAAAAACUGUAAAGUGAUUCCUUACGUUACCGAUCGAACCCUACCAUAGAUAAACAGUUUAUAGGGGUUAACCCUACUUAACCAAAACCGCCAUAACCAGUUAGUUAUCAAAUAACCGGUUAGUUUUGCCCAUCCCUAAUGUACAGUCACUACAGUGAACAGUCCUCUCAAAAAUAAAUAUUAAAAAAAAUAAAAGAACUAGGAAACCGAUUUUAACUUAACUUUUGUGUAAAAAGAACCAAUUUAUAAACAUUUUAUAAGCAAGCAUACUGAACCAGAUUGCCCACCAUAAUGUGGGACUCUUCUAUGUUUUUAAGCACCUUAACUCCAAAGUUCUAUGUGGCACUAACUGGAACUUCAUCACUGAUAUCAGGACUGAUAUUAAUAUUUGAAUGGUGGUACUUUCGGAAGUAUGGGACUUCAUUUAUUGAACAGGUUUCCAUUAAUCACAUAAGUCCGUGGAUCAGCGGAGAUUACAGAGAGGACAAUGUAACCACAACACAAACAACACAGACUCCAGUACCAGAAUGUAAAGUUUGGAGGAAUCCCUUAAGCUUAUAUCGUGGAGCAGAAUACCAACGAUUCUACUGGGCUACUAACAAAGAACCUUUAACUUAUUACGAUAUGAAUCUAUCUGCUCAAGAUCAUCAAACGUUUUUUACUUGCGAGGCUGACGCAGGUAAAGCAGAAUAUGAAAUAAUGCAAACUGCAUGGCGAGAAAGAAAUCCACAAGUAAGGUUAAAAGCAGCUCAUAAUGCGAUCGAAAAGAAUUCCGAGUGUGCGACGGCUUAUAUUCUAUUAGCAGAAGAAGAAGCUACUACAAUAACAGAAGCUGAAAAGAUCCUUAAACAGGCUUAUAAAGUAGCUGAAAGCAAUUAUAAAAGGUCCCAGUCACUACAACAUCAGGGAGCUCUUAUGGAGGCCCAGCAUAGAAGAGAUACCAACGUUUUAAUAUACAUAAAAAGACGACUGGCGAUGUGCGCAAGACGACUUGGAAAAUUAAAAGAGGCAGUCAAGAUGUUUCGAGAUUUGACGAAGGAAGUACCACCAAUUAUGAACGUACUGAAUAUACAUGAGAAUCUCAUUGAAGCUUUAUUGGAGAUGCAGGCUUAUGCUGAUGUUCAGGCAGUUUUGGCAAAAUAUGAUGACAUUUCAUUGCCAAAAUCUGCUACUAUAUGUUAUACGGCAGCACUAUUAAAAGCAAGGAGCGUCGCAGAUAAGUUCUCUCUUGACAUUGCAAGUAAAAGAGGACUGUCAAGCGCAGAACUGCAAGCAGUAGAAGCAAUUCACAGAGCCGUAGAGUUCAACCCCCAUGUGCCGAAAUACUUACUAGAAAUGAAACCUCUUAUCCUACCCCCAGAACAUGUGUUAAAACGGGGAGACUCUGAAGCCAUAUCGUACAGUUUCUUCCAUUUAUCGCAUUGGAAAGCUAUUGAUGGUGCCCUCAAUUUACUACACUGCACCUGGGAAGGAACUUUUAGGAUGUUGCCUUAUCCACUAGAACGGGGUCAUUUGUUUUACCCAUAUCCCACAUGCACUGAAUGUGCUGACAGAGAACUACUUCCGGCGUUUCAUGAAGUGUCGGUAUACCCAAAAAAAGAACUCCCGUUCUUUAUUAUUUUUACGGCGGGUUUAUGCUCAUUUACAGCAAUUUUGGCUCUUUUAACCCAUCAGUAUCCGGAAUUGAUGGGAGUUUUUGCCAAAAGUGUUGUGAACUGGGUGUCGUUGCCCGUGUUUUAUCUUUACGAUAAAGUAGAGCAUUUAAUACCACCGAACUUGUUGCAGCAGUUUAUGCGAAUCUAAGUUUUCUGCUUGUUUGUUUUUAUUUUUUUUGUGUGUUCCAGUACGCAGUACUUGUAUACAGUGUUUCAAUCGAUUGAUGUACUUUUUUGUGGUAAGAGAUAAUAUUUUGAAUCUCUAUAACAGUAUUGAAUAAUAAACGUUUGUAUGAUGCAGGA